UUAAGGUUGCUGGAUUUUCUUUCCUAUUGCUCCAUUUCCUCUGUUUUCUGAAGAUAAAUAAGAAAUAAGAGCCUGGAAAUUCUCUUGAGAGGUCCUGCAGUGUGUUUGUUUUGUGAAAAUACUCCUUGUUAUCUAAUUCUGUUACACUUGCUAACAACAGCAGCAGCUUUCCCACAAAACUUGCCCCAAGGAAACUAACCACAGCUUUGAGAACUGAGCUGCAGAGCAGAGAGGAUCAACUCAGAAACAUGAGGAUGAAGUACUUUCUUCUGCCAACUCAUUUAGCAUUUCUCUACAGCUUUGCACUAAGUAAACCUGUCCAGAUAGCUACAAGAAACAAUGGCUUAGCAUCAGUGGAAAACAAUUCACAGAAUUCAGGUAGUGAAAUAGCUGUGUCUGAAGGAGACAUCCUCUUGAGAAGAGGACGACGCAGUGCAAUUAACUGUGAGAGUUGUUUAUGGCCCAAGUCACAAGAUGGACUAGUCAAGGUCCCAAUUAACAUCUCUUCUGAUUUCUCAUUGACAGAGAGGUCCUGGAUUGCUGAUGCUCUGCAGGAGAUCUCCACGCUGACCUGCGUGCAGUUUGUAAAUCGCACUACAGAAACAGAUUAUGUGUAUGUUGAACGUGGGCAGAGCUGCUGGUCUUACUUUGGAAAAAUUGGAGGACGUCAAGCAGUAGGCUUGGUGAAAAACGGUUGCAUGGAUAAAGGAGCAAUUCAGCAUGAAAUGAACCACGCACUGGGUUUCAUCCAUGAACAGGCACGGAGUGAUCGGGACAGGUUUGUCAAGAUUAUGUGGGAACACAUUGUGGCAGGGGAACAAGGGAACUUCGGAAAAGUAAAUUCCAAAAACCUGGGCCUUCCUUAUGACUACUCUUCAGUGAUGCACUAUGGCGCGUAUGAUUUCUCCAGCACUCCAGGGAAACCAACUAUUGUUCCAGUUCCAGACCCUUCUGUACCCAUUGGGCAGAGAGAAGGGCUGAGUAACUUGGAUGUAGCUAAAAUUAACAAGCUCUACAAGUGCAAUUGCUGUAGCUCUGUGUUACCUAAACCCAGAGGGUCGUUCUCUUCUGUCAAUUACCCAUCCCCAUACCCAAACAGCAGCAACUGCCUGUGGCUGAUCCGCAUCCACCGAAGUAAGAUUUUCCUACAGUUUGAGGCUUUUGAUCUCCAACCCUCCCCAGACUGUUCUUCUGACUAUAUAAAAAUUUACAAUGGGAACAGCAAGAAUUCCCCUGUCUUGCUGGACAAAUACUGUGGCAAGGGGCCACUGCCCUCCUUAGUGGCAUCUGGAUCGACAAUGCUGGUAGAGUUUGCAAGUGAUGAGAGCAUUACAGCCACAGGAUUCAGAGCCUCCUACAACAGGGUGAAUUGUGGAGAUACUUUCACAGAGUCAAAUGGAGUCAUCACAUCUCCAAACUACCCCAGUAAAUACCCCAAAAACCGAAUGUGCUUCUGGGUCAUCAGUUCUCCAGUAGGAUACAAGAUAUCUCUCAAAAUGUUAUCCUUUGAGCUGGAACAUAGUGACAGAUGCAUCUAUGACUACUUGCUCAUACACGAUGGAAGCCGACCUACAUCACCUGCAGUUGGCCCUUACUGCGGGACAGAGAAGGUUGCAGACUUCACUUCCACUGGGAACUUCGUGCUGGUUGAAUUUCACAGUGAUAUAGUUUGGGAGUUGCCCGGAUUCAUGAUGAGUUAUACAUUUGGUAGGUAGUACUAUAUGGGCGGGAGUUGGAAAACACAGAAUGAACGUAAGAGACCAGCUAGCCACAGGUAAAAGACAAGAUGCCACCAAUUCAGCAAAUAAUAUAGCUUCCAGAUACCUUUAAUAAGCUUGAGGCUUGAUCUCUUAGUCUUGUGUCUACGGUGGUGUAAUUUGCACGGCGAAUUAAGAACAAAAAUAUUCCUGCCCAUCAGAUGCUUUUGUCGGAAACUGUAAACUUUUUUGUUAUGGUAUUCAUAUUGCUGGUGUUGCACGGUGAAAUACAAUGGCAGAACUGAAACUAUGCAAGCAGAUUUUCAAGAACUUUCAGUGUUAGAAGGUGUGCCCAUAAAAAUUUCAGAAUAUGGCUAUGUAGAAUAUGGCUAUGUAGAAUAUGGCUUUAACCUGUAUUCUGACAAAUUUUAUUACACAACUCUUAUGUGCAUUCCAGUACACAUACAGAAAAACCUGUUGCACACAUAUUUAUGCUUUAAAGCCAAACUCACUUAUAAAGUUCGUAUAAGCACCUUAGCUUAGCCUGGAAAUCACCACUUUACACUGAAGGUGAAAACUAGGAUGUUUGUACAGCAUCUCAGCUCAAAGAAUUGCACUACUCCUCUCUGCGAUGAACCAGGUCAGGGAACAGAUUUAACUAAAGAAAUGAUUAGGAGUGGCAGGAACAAGCAGCAAGGGAGAGGGAGUGAAGUGAAGCACCUGUUGCCACUUCACUGUGGCCUGACUCAGGUAUUGAAAUGGUCUAUGGGGUAUCACCAAUAUAUAUUUAAAAAAAAAAAAAGAGGCCUGAAAACCUAAUGCAAAGUCUACUGAAAGUAAAUGGAGCCAGUAACUUUGGAGAACAUAACAGGUGCAAAAUAACUUGUCUGUAGAAAGAAUUCUUCCAGCUCUGAGGAGACACCUGAAGAGGAUAAAGAAAUCAUCACUGUAGACAGCUAAUGCUUUGCCUUCACUUGAUGUAUUCAGAACUAAAUGCCAGUGUCAAACUGGAAGAUGCAAAAAUGUAAUAAAUAAUAAAAAUUCUUGCUGUAAUUAUGCCUUUGUGAAGAAGAGAAAUUGCCAAUUUGCUUUCCUGGUGCUGCAAGGCAGCCAAGAAAAUGUUGAAUUAUGCUGACUUUUUGUUUGUUUGUUUGUUUGUUUUGAGGACCUGUAAUGUUUUCGUUUUUAAGCAUUGGUAUAUUUUCACCUUCAGAAGAAUGAUAACUUGUGAGCGUCAAGGUCUAGAACUUGCUUGCAUCAUGGUGGUAAAGUGCAUGUGCAGCAGGCAACAAAUAUUUUUAGUUCUUACAAGUUCCUGUCUUCUGGCUAUAAAAAGUAAUCCUUUGUUUAAUUUAGCUCGCUAUUUAAACUGGCACCCUCUUGGAGAAUGUAACAAUGUCAACAGCAUGAGAGAAAAUUAAAUUCUGUUUCUAUGUUUAACUUUGA